UGAAUUACGCUGUCGCCCAGUAUGAAGAUCGCUGACUUGCUGCCCUACAUUAGUGCAAUGGUCCGAAGUGCAAUUAGUGAAAGUGACGUCAAUCGACAUUUUCCUAAAAACUGUAGUUCAUUAUUUUAUCAUUCCAUAAUCAUACUUCGAUUAGGUCUCAUCUUGUUUUAAUUAUAAGUAUUUCAUGUAAUUUUCUAAUUUCUAAUUAAAUCUUUUAUAAGUAUAUUCGGUUUUUUUUCGAUCCUCCGAUCGCAGCUAACGUAUUUGGCGCAGUCGGUAGGAUACUCGCGGGCCGGUUCGCGAGAGUAGAUCUUUCUAAAUCGCGUCGCGAGUCGCCCGGGAAGCUGUCAAGAUUCCAUCAACGAGUAUCCUGAAUCUACGGACCUGCUGCAGACCAGGAGGAGAAUCCAGAACUCGAUUCACGGAGAGAACCAGAAUGAAAUAUAUGAUACUACUAGGAAUGAUCCUUCGGAUCACUCGGUCUCAAGAGAUAAAACUUGAGAGCUUGGCUGACGGACCAGGACUACUACCCCACAAACUUGGACCCAUGAGAUUGACCACUCACCAUCAUACAUUUAUACAAUAUGUUCAACUUGACCUCAUCCAAGAAAAAGUCGACUCCCUACAAACCCAACUGACGAGUUACAAGUCCCGACUUAUUAACGAUACACACUUACUUUAUGAGACUCAAAUUGACUAUUUAACUGAGAAGCUUGGCAAAGUAUCAGUACAAUUAAAAUCAUUAGAACCCAACCGCGUUAAAAGAGGUAUUGUAGAUGGCCUUGGAUCCGUUAUAAAAAGCAUAACUGGUAAUCUGGACCAUUCUGAUGCCAUAAAAUACAAUAAAGCCAUUAAUCUUCUUAAAAGUAACCAAGAUAAAAUUGUCUCGGAACUUAAUAAUCAUAUUAGCAUUAAUAAGGAAUGGAUAUCCGAACAUGACAAAAUUUUGACACAAAUUGUAGAUAACCAGAAUAAAAUUAAUACAACUAUUGAAUUAAUAUUGAAAAGCAAUGUAUACAACGAAAAUAGUUUAGUUAAAUAUGCCAGACUUGCUCAACUCUUAAUUAUAAUAAGCGAAAACGUUGAAGACCUUGCUCAGGAACUAAUUAGGUUAGAAAAUAGUUUAGCUUUUAUCCGUGCAUCAAGCACACACCACUCUAUGAUCGAUGUGGACACUCUUAGAUCUAUGAUAAUUAAACUUAAAAAUAUCUAUGGAAAUGAACAAGUAUUAAAUCUUGAACUUAGGCAAUAUUAUGAUGUCAUUAAACCAGGCUCAUACUAUACUGAUAAUCAGAUAGUUUUCAUAUAUAAAUUCCCAAUAGUAUCCAGGGAAAUAUAUAGCUUCUAUCAUCUAUCCAUAGUCCCUAAUAGAAAUAAUCAGGCCCUAAUCCCGACCUAUCCUUUCCUAGCAACAAACGAGAUUUCAUUCAUGUACAUAGAGACAGAAUGUCCGAAGCUCAGCAACUGGUAUCUCUGUGGAGACGCUACUCACCACCAGCUACGCAGCAAACCUGAUUGCAUCAACGAGCUCAUCGUCAACCAGAUCCUGAAAGAAAAUUGCGAAUUCUCUACGGUCACCCUGAAGAAAGAAGCCAUGGAAAAGUUGGACGACCAACACUACGUCUUAUCUUUUCCACAACCCAGCAAAGUCCAACUCCUCUGCGGGAGACGAGACUACACCACACUUCAAGGAAGCUACCUCAUCACGAUUCCCGUUGGCUGUCAUCUUAAAACUACAGAGUUCACCAUCACCAAUGACAACGACGAAAUAAGAGGACAACCUCUGAAGCUGACAGAAAUCCCAUCUGACACGGAGAAGCAAAUCAGGAUAGCAUCCCACAUCAACUUGAACUCCAUUGACCUGCAAGGACUACACAGACUCCAGGACAAGAUCACUAUGGAAGCCCCGAUCAAUAUCACCGACAUCCCACUCGACGUAUAUCACACAACCAUCCCAUUUUAUGUGAUACUGCUUGCUGCGAGUAUACUUGCAAUCUUCAUCGCAUUCCGGCGCUUCAACAAGAAAAGGAAAGAUAGCCAGACUAAGAAGAAGGAAGAGCAUCCAGCACCUUCCGGAGAUCAGCAACAUCAUGACGCGAUCCCGGCAACAUUUUCACUCAACGUGAUAAAAUAGUUGCCGUUCUAAGGGGGGAGGAAUUACGCUGUCGCCCAGUAUGAAGAUCGCUGACUUGCUGCCCUACAUUAGUGCAAUGGUCCGAAGUGCAAUUAGUGAAAGUGACGUCAAUCGACAUUUUCCUAAAAACUGUAGUUCAUUAUUUUAUCAUUCCAUAAUCAUACUUCGAUUAGGUCUCAUCUUGUUUUAAUUAUAAGUAUUUCAUGUAAUUUUCUAAUUUCUAAUUAAAUCUUUUAUAAGUAUA